GCUCUCGCUCAGUCGAAGUUGAUUUUCCACGGCGUGUUGUUGUGUGCGCCAGUUACAUUCAGCGGUUCUCCAUCCUUUUUGCUUCAUCAAAAGUUCAUAUAGCUUUGCGAAAAAUAAAAACAAAAUCAAGGCAAAGGAGCAGCAGGCAGUUACAAAAAAAAAAACAAUAACAGCAACAGCUCCACCACACACACAACUGAAUGGUUGUGGGUGUGUGAGUUUCUGUAUGUGUGAAGGAACCCUCUAUUAAGCACACACAUAUGUGUAUUUUUUUCUGUGAGCCAUAAAAGAUUUGAGUGCAUUAUUUUGCCACUCGCCCCCCACCCCACGCCAAUAAGAAGAAGUGGGCGAAAAAGGAGACCACGAAAAAAUAACAACAACAAAAAAGCUUCCAGCGCAUAAAAGCAGCGCAGCCGGCGUCGACGUCGACUGCAGUGGGCCAACGUUGUUGUUAUUGCAGUCGCGUCGCUUGUUGUUCUUGUUGCAGCAUCAGAGCGAGAGAUAGAGAGAGAGAAAGCGAGACAGAUAGAUAGCAGAAAAACAGGAGAGACAGAUAAAGCACUGAGAUAAAAAGGACGCACCUGGUGUCAUAGUACAAAAUCCAAACUUCCGAGAAAUCCUUGCUGUGCAUUCCAAGGGAGAAAACGAGGGACGUGUUGUAGAGAGUGAGACAUCGCCAGUAUGGAAGUGGAAUCGAAUAACAAACGCGCCACCAACGGCGGCCGGCACUCACCGCCGGCGGAAACCGAUUCCAAGGAGAGUUCCGUGGAGCGGGAGCUGAACGGUGAGAUUCAGGCGGUAGAGUUGAAUGGAAGUGGAGCCCACUCGAACGGGCAUAUAAAGAAGCCGCUGCCCGUGGAGGAUGGCAGGAUUAAGCGAAAGGCCAAGCGGCUCAUCCAAAGACAGAAUAGCGGUUCCGGCGGCAGUCCCAAUCAAACCAAUGGCAAUGGAGCCGUUUCCGUAGCUGGUGGCACUGCAUUACCGCUGGCAGUCAACGGCAUCCUGCCUUCGCCCGGCGGCUAUGUGGUCCCCCAUCGCCGCUGGAAGAAUAGUCGGCGAUCGAGGAACCUUAAUCGUGGCCGGGGACUACCAAAAAAGGGAGGAGCCGGAGGCAAGGGCGUCUGGGGAUUGCCCGGUUCCGAGGCUCUGGCAGAGGUCUAUGAGGAUGAAAAUGAUCCCAAUUACGACAGCGAAUGCAACGAUCGGAAUGUGGAGCUGCGCGAGGUGAUUACGGAGAUUACACCCGAGGAGUUCUUCAAGCUGGCGGAGCCUAUUGUCUUGGAGUACUAUGAGCAUGGGGAUCCGCACGAGGUGGCCGUGAGUUUCGAUGAGAUACUGCAGGGUCCGUUGCGGGAGCAUAUAACCAGCAUUCUCGUGGAGAUCGCCAUGGAUCACAAGGACUCGCAGCGGGAGAUGACCUCGGUGCUGAUCUCCGAUUUGUACGGCAGGGUAAUUACCGGCAAGGAUAUUGAAAAGGGCUUCAACAUGCUGUUGGCCAAUCUGCCGGAUCUCAUCCUGGACACUCCAGAGGCGCCCAUUAUGCUGGGCAACUUUAUGGCCCGCGCCGUGGCCGAUGACUGCAUUCCACCCAAGUUUGUGGCCAAGGCGGAGGAGGAGCUAAGGAUUCUGGAGCUCGGUGAACACGCCGAACAGGCCCUACGCCGUGCGGACUCGCUGCUCCACAAGCAGAUUUGGGCCCAUUUAGACAAUGUGUGGGGAAUGGGCGGUCCACUGCGUCCGGUGAAGACGAUCACCAAGCAGAUGGAGCUGCUGCUCAAGGAGUACAUAUCCUCCCGGGACGUCUCCGAGGCGCAGCGCUGUCUGCGAGCCCUCGAGGUGCCACACUAUCAUCACGAGCUCGUCUACGAAGCGAUUGUGAUGACACUGGAGUCCCUCAGCCAGACCACCGAGGAGUCCAUGUGCGAGCUGCUUAAGCAGCUAGAUCUCACCUGCCUGGUGCUUCCCGCGGGCAUGGAGCAGGGUUUCAUGCGCGUCUUUGAUGACAUGGCGGAUAUCGUUCUGGAUGUUCCCCUGGCCUAUAUAAUACUCGAUCGCUUUGUUGAACGCUGCAAUCGCGCCGGAUUUCUUACCGACAAGAUUAUAAACAAUGUGCCAUCGCGCGGACGCAAGCGUUUUGUUUCUGAGGGCGAUGGCGGUCAUGUGAAGCCGGCUACCUUGCCCAUGCGCGAUUAAAUCGGGGUUACGGAGGCAUUUUGUGUUUAUAUAACGACUCCACCCCAAGGACACCUAGAAGGGACAACAGUAAAACAAAACAAAAACACCAAAUUAUUAAAAGGAGAAAAUCCACAGGAAUGCAAAGAAUACAAAAAAUGGAUAAGAAAAAAGACGAAAAGAAGAAUUUGUCGCAAAUCUUGAUAAAAAUGAACCUAUCCUCAAGCCCUGAAACGGUCACACACACACAAAACAACAAACAAUCAAUCGGAAUUUGAUCUCCGUUUAAACUAUAUUCAUAAUUAUAAAAUUUACAUAAACACCUACAACGUAUAUCUUACCUACAUGUAACUAAAAACGUAAAGCGGAAGUAUAUUUUAAAGAUUUGUAAAAACGAAAUGAGUGAAAAAGAUCACAAAAAAAGAGAAUCCAGCCAGAGAAAUGGAGAAAUGAGAAUAAUGGGGAGUUGUGGGUUUUCUUUCCGUUAGGAUCGAUCGCAUAUGAUAAAAGAUGGAACAGAACAGCAGCGUACUUAGCACGCUGUCAUUAUGCCACUUUAAAGCAAAGCAUAUUACUUAUACGAAACUGUUAUACACACUCGUACACCCCAAAAAAAAUCGGUUGAAAAGUUGUAUCAAAAUUAUGUUUAAACUACCACUGUUAUACAGCCAAGACAACACACAAAUUCCAUUGAUUUGAAAUUCAGUAAGCCAAUUUGGUUACUCACUCCCCCAGCGCAUUGUCAUGAUGUAUUUCCUUAAUUUUUGUAACCUUGUGUGUUAGACAACUAACAUAAUUAAGCUUAAUUUUACAUAUUACAUACAUUUACCUACGGUUCACAUUUUUCUCGCUUGCUCUUUUUUUUGAUUAAAUAAACGUUGCAUUUUAUAAUAUAAGAAAAAGACUUUUGCUUUCGCCCAUUUAUAUUUUUAAUUGUUUACACUUCAUGAAGAAACAAAAUUCGACAUUCUUACACAUACGCCCACACAUCUAUAUAUUAAAUAUAUAUAUAUACAUAUAUAUAUAU